ACAGUGCGCAGGGAGUGCACCGGGCACCGAGGCGACAUUUCUCAAAAAAUACAAAUUUGAAUGACUUCGACCUGCCACUGGAAGGUGUAGAUGGAAGAGUUGCAUGUUUAACUCUGUUUGGGCCUUUCGUUAACACGGUGUUUAAUAAAAACCGGCCACAUUAAUUGAUACUUGGUGUGAAAAACGAGGUUGGCUAGUUAGCUAACUUGUGCGGUGCUGCCAGAAGAAUGAUGGUUGGCCAAACAAGUCAUCAUGCUGUGGCGGCGGGGUCUACACAUGGACCGAGAGCUAACGUUACACAAAUAAGGGGCCGUUAAAUGUGCGAGAUAAACACUUAGCUGGUGGUCGUACGGAUCAAGAGAGGUAAGGUGCCCUGUUCAGCAGUUUAAAGUAGCAGCGGUUAGGCAGGAGAACAUGAAAGUGGCAAACGGUGGCCCUAAGGCCAAAGGGAGGAGUUCUGGGGAAAUGAAGAAGGCCAAGAAGAAGAGGAGGCAGUUCCACACCCAGAAAUCCAGCAUGGUGAACUCAGACUCCGCAAGCACCAGCCCAGACACUGCCAUGGCCAAAAAGUACUACCAGUUGUCCAGCAGGGGGCAGCACAGCGUAAAGAGACUGAAGAGUGGCGCUCGGCCGGUCAACUCUGGGCAGAGCCAGGGGCAGGGACCUCCUCCGAAGACCAAAGGGAAGGCUAAGCCUGGCUCAUCGGACCCUCACGCCCACACCAAUGGGGGCGCUGGGCCGCACCUUCUGACGGAGUCCAGCUCGGAGGACUCGGAGUACUGGACCGCCUUCGCCCUGUCAGUCCUGCAGAAUGGUGUGGAAGGGGAACGCCCAGCGGGGACGGACCCCGACGGAAAAGGGGAGGAGCCAUACCACGCCGAGCGAGACCCCAUCCACAACUGGACCGUACUGCUCAUGCGGCAGGGACAGCGGUUGCAUUUCCGGGGGAAGGCCCUGCUCACCUGCCUGUACGGGAGAGUGGAGGUGCUGGGGUUCACCAUCGAAGAGGGCCAGCAGCCGUACCCCGUCUUUUCCCCACCCACGCACUUCCCCCUGUCCAUCACCGCCAUGGGAAACUCCUCCCUCAUCUGCAAGAGCGUUAAAGAGCGCCGCCUGGAGGCCAAGAGCAUCAUCCGCAAAUACCUGUCCAUAGCAGAUCCGCGGAAGAGGCUCCUGGGUGCGGUGGAUCCGGACUGCUGCCUGGUUCUGCUGGAGCCGCUGGACACCCCUCUGACCCGCUUCCUCUCCAGCCUGCCGGAACACCGGGACCUGUUCAGCCUCAGCGCGAGGGAGCUGGACCAAUCGUCGGUCCCGGAAUGCCCCCUGUCAGCAGUGGGCCUCAUCCCCCUGCGCAGCAGCGGCGGCGAAAGCCUUGUGAUGUCACAGAGCUACCGGAACGCCCUCUCCGGCCUGCUGCACGCCUGCCAAGAAGAAUCUGAUGGCUGUCCGGUCAUCCUGGUGUGCGGGGCCAAGAACACCGGGAAGUCCUCCUUCACCCGGCACCUCAUCAACACCCUGCUCAACCACACUGCCAGUGUGGACUACCUGGAGUGCGAUCUUGGCCAGACGGAGUUCACCCCUCCCGGCUGCCUGUCCUUGCUCACCGUCACCGAGCCGCUGCUGGGCGCCCCGUUCACACACCAGUGCACCCCGGAGCACAUGGUGUUUUUCGGCGAGACGUCCUGCGAGAGGGACCUGGACCGCUACCUGGAGUCGCUCAAGUUCCUGUGGCGCUCCUACAGCCGCGAGACGCCCGUCAUCGUCAACACCAUGGGCUGGGUCAAAGGUUUUGGCUUCCAGCUGCUGGUGGACUUAAUUCGACUGUUCUCCGUCACCCACGUGGUGCAGCUGAGCUACGGCUCCACCACCCAGUGCGCAGACCUCACCCCAGCCUUCAUGAGCUCCGCCCCCGGCUGGCAGACCCGCCCCCCGGCUCCGCCCACGGAAGAGCAAGCCGCGCCCCAGCCCCACGUGCUGCUCAGCGUCCAGUCGGAAUUCGAGGGAGCGGGGACCGUGAGCAACAUGAGGUACCACCGCUCCAACAUUCUGCGCGACCUGGCCCUGCUGGCCUACUUCAGCCAGCUGCAGGCCCCCGAGUCGGGCCCCGUGAGGCCCCUGCACUGCUUCAUCCCGUACCAGGUCCCCAUGUCGGCCGUGGCGGUGCGGGUGACUCACUCUGAGGUGGCCCCCCUGCACACGCUCUACGCUGCUAACGGCAGCCUGGUGGGGCUCUGCUGCCUGGGGGAGAAGGUGGGGGGCUCCGGGGGGCCCGUCCUGCUCUCGCACACCCCCAUCUGCCCCUGCGUGGGCUUCGGUGUACUGCGGGGUGCGGACACGGCGCGGGGGCUGUACUUCCUGGUGACCCCCGUGGCCCCCUCCGUCCUGCGGCGAGUCAACUGCCUGCUGAUGGGCGGAGUCACGCUGCCCCACACCCUCCUGAGAGCGCAGCGGGGGAUUGAAGGGGAGAAGCCCUACGUAACCAUGGAGUACAGCUUCGAGCUGACGGGGGCGGGGAAGAUGAAGGUCUUCAAAGGGCUCCUGAGGAGAGAGCACAUGGGUGGGAGUGGCCACUAGAGGCCCCGCCCCCACGUCUCUGUCUCUCUGACCACCAGUGUCCAUACCCCUCUAUCCUCCAAUGAGGAGCCUCUGCCUGACCAACAGAAUCAAACGGAACACUGGUGAACGGGGAGGUGAAGAGUUCGCAGCAUGGGAGGACCUUUUCCCUUGUAUUGUUAUUGCUUUUUUUCCACGUACGCUCAAAGGUGACUGUGGUACACACAGCGCAGAUCGCUUGUCCCAGGCUGUUGGGCCCAUCAGCCCCCUGACGAAGCCUCCAGGUCACAUCUGUCAGAAAACAUGCCAGCCAUCAGCGAGCUCCCUUUCCCACCACAGCAGGGCUGUCAGGCUCCAGUCCUGGAGGGACACAGUACCCCUUUAACUCCAAUGCUGAAGGGCCACAGCAGGUUUAACUAGAUCCUGGAGGAUUCCGAUUUUUCAUGCGUCUCAAGUCCCUGAUUGGCAAAAUAAGUCUCUCACCUCCAAGACCUAAAUUGGCUGCUGACAGUAAACUACAAAAAUCUGCAAAUGCUGUGGCCCGCUAGACUGAAGUUAAACUUACAGACAGUUUUACCCUCCAGGACUGGAGUUAAACCUGCAGGCACUGCGGCCCUCCAGGACUGGAGUUAAACCUGCAGACACUGCAGCCUUCCAGGACUGGAGUUAAAUCUGCUAUGGCCCUAUAGGACUGGAGUUUGGCACUAGGACAUUUAAAAAGAUUUGUGCCAUUCACAUAUGUUCAGAAAAGCUUCAUUUCAAGUCCCUGGAUUUCUGCAAUGGAAUUGCUUCAUCUAAUUUCACAUGCAAGUUGGCGAUUUGUUUUCGUUUUUGGCGAAAAGGGGGCACGAUGACAUUGAAACCUGCCAGAAACUAUUAGAUCUAUGAUCUAGAACUCUGCAGUCAAAGGAACGUCCCAUUUUUUCAGUCACUUGGGCAAAACUGGAUUUUGUCCAAACAAAAAAAAGAAAAAAAAAAACUUAUCAUUUUUAUUGUGAGACAUGAUUAAGCUCUGGAAACACACAUAACGUGUCUCUUUUCCAUUUAAGGCAACAUGUAUUUUAGCGAGUAAAAGCACAAUUACUGUACUGAAUAAUUCUGUAGUCAAUCUUUACACUGUAGAGCCUGUAUAUCUGCCUGUCGCUCACAGAACCCUCUUCGUUCUGGGCGGCCGUGUUAGAGUCUGUUUUAGUCUUACUGGUCGAGGUUUUAGUCUGGCCUUUGCAAACGGACGCUGUGUCCAGCAGUGGAGUCGCGCCAUUUUUUCUGCUAGGACAGUUUAAAUCAUCGCUGUACAGACAUGCCAGCUUGAAGCCGUUUCACUCUUUAGUCUGCGAGAGUGGUAACGGUCAUCUCCUCCAAGACUAUACUGCGUUUGAACCGGGCAGGCUGGCUGUGCUCUUACUGCGUUUCGUUCCCUACACCCUCUUGCAAGUGUGCACUUGGUGGGACACCUGCCCUUGCUCAGGGGAAGAGCGAGUGAGCGACUUUGGAGCAUUGUCCUGUUCUCACACGCCUGUGGGAAUUCUGUAGAAAGACCCGGAAGAAAACUGGUGGUGGUUUUGACCUCAAUACCCACCAGUGCAACAGCGCCAUGAGCAACCGGAAACUGUCCAAAUGUUGAAAGUUGGGACCGUGAGGAGACUGGAACUUGUGGUUCCUUUCCUGGGUGGACUUUUGGGAACGGGGGUGAGGGUCUAUCCAGUGAGGCCUCAUUCUGUUCUUUUGACUACUCUGAAAGGCCUCCUUUCUCUAUUGGUUAGUUUUGUGGAGUGUUAGGCGGUGCUUGUCAUAAAAUGCCUGUGAGAAUGGACUUCUUUGAAGGAGGGGGAGGAGCUGGAGAGUAGAGGCGACAUCCUGGGUCAUUGUGGGAGGGGCCAAUGGCAGUUAUUGUCGUACAGUUGACGCAACCCCUGACGUUCAACUGGUUACUAAUAAUUUUUUUUAUGUGCUAUCAAAAUACGGGAAGCGUGGAGGGAUACUGUUAUCAUAAUAAAAUAUUGCUCUUGUGUAAAUAA